AUGGAUGUUUGGAGUGAGGCAGACGCCAUGGAUGUUUGGAGGGAGCCAGACGCCUUGGAUGUUUGGAGGGAGCCAGACGCCUUGGAUGUUUGGAGGGAGCCAGACGCCUUGGAUGUUUGGAGGGAGCCAGACGCCAUGAAUGUUUGGACGGAGCCAGACGCCAUGGAUGUUUGGAGGGAGCCAGACGCCUUGGAUGUUUGGAGUGAGGCAGACGCCAUGAAUGUUUGGAGGGAGCCAGACGCCUUGGAUGUUUGGAGGGAGCCAGACGCCUUGGAUGUUUGGAGGGAGCCAGACGCCAUGAAUGUUUGGACGGAGCCAGACGCCAUGGAUGUUUGGAGGGAGCCAGACGCCUUGGAUGUUUGGAGUGAGGCAGACGCCAUGAAUGUUUGGAGGGAGCCAGACGCCUUGGAUGUUUGGAGGGAGCCAGACGCCUUGGAUGUUUGGAGGGAGCCAGACGCCUUGGAUGUUUGGAGGGAGCCAGACGCCUUGGAUGUUUGGAGUGAGGCAGACGCCUUGGAUGUUUGGAGGGAGCCAGACGCCUUGGAUGUUUGGAGUGAGGCAGACGCCAUGAAUGUUUGGAGGGAGCCAGACGCCAUGGAUGUUUGGAGUGAGGCAGACGCCAUGAAUGUUUGGAGUGAGGCAGACGCCAUGGAUAGUCGGUGA